UCUGCAUUGAUGAUUACGGAAGAGUAGUUAACAUUAACUAGUUAGUUAGUAGUUAGUAGUAGAGAGGAGAGACAAGAGCACGACUUCGAGGAAAUGGAAUCCACCAUCCCAACUUUCCUCCCCACAUCUUCAUUCAUUCAUUAUUCAUCCCUGGCCACUUUCUCCCUCCGUCGGCUCUCUCCUCUCACCUCAUCUUUACUCAGUCUAUUACCUCCCCUCCCCCCACCUCUUCUAUCUUUUUUUGCUAUUCUAAUAUCUUUUCUCUCAAUUCAUACGGCUCUUCUUCGGCUUAUGUCCUGGAUGCUGAUUGUGUAAAUAUGCUUGAUCUCGCCGCCUGAGUGUCUUCUUCUUCUUCCCCCGAAUUCCCCGUUCCGGAAGCUCGGCUCGUGCAUUCACCUGAGACUUUUAUCUCUACGGAAUACC